CAGCGUUUCUCUUCUAAUCCACCGCUGCAAGGGUUCAAAGACUUCGACACGUCCGCCACACUCAUCGCUCAGGAUUCCUUGAAACUCAAUUGUACCUACACUUCUCACGGAAUUGAACGCUUUCAUGUCCACGCCGGGCCCGGGAUUGACUCGACAGCACAUAGGCAUAGCCUGUCUCAACUGCAAAGCCAGAAAAUCAAAGUGUUCGGGUGGCCAUCCUUGUCGUGCCUGCGGUCGAUCGAACAUCGAAUGCGUAUACGAUGAAACACUCGACAAGCGUCGUAAGGUGCAUUGGGAGCGAGCUCAAACCGAGGCUAGUCUCCAGAAAGACUUGAUUCAGUGCCUGCUCGAACACAUUCAAGCUGGGAGUGACAAGCAUCGACAGAAGCUUAGAGACGAUAAACGUUUUCAGACGCUUUCGCAGACGCUCGAGAUCCCAAAUUCCGAUAACUUCGAAGACUCACUGAGCCCCGAGGUACCCGAGUCCUGGCCUUUCUCUCGAGCCAGGAAGCAGGAUCGCGCAGAGAACCGAGAUGAUGUGACCCAAAGUGAGGAGUUAACAAAACGGCGUGCAAUCCCGUCGUCGCAAAGACACCACAACGGACCAAGAGCAGAAGGUUCAAAGAGAAGCACAGGUCGACCAGGGUCGGUCGAUGGACAAUCGCAGGGGUCAAAAUCAAACUCGUCCGAGCCUGGCCUACCACAAUUCCCCCAUUUCGACCCGAGAGACCAAUAUCGAAUAUUUUGCCCGAAGAACCAUCACAUGCCCGAAUACAAAUCCAUCACCAUAUUUGGCCAAUCACCAUGGGAGAUGGCCCAGAGGGGCUUCGAAUCAAGUCGGCAGCACCAGCAGGAGAAUUAUCUUCGAAUUCCAGAAUACUUCGUAGUGCCCUCAUUGUUCGAGGAGGAGCGCUGUCCGCUGGCUGCAGUCUACACCGACUUCAGGGAUCUUGGACGGAGGCAGCUUGCUGAGGGCACACCCAUCGAUGAGGUGCUUGGAAACCCAGAAGUCGAGUUGUCGGUCUAUUUCCAUGGACGCAGGCCAGAAGAUCCACACACACCGAACACAUGGGCCUGCGAGUAUAUGCGUCUUCUGAAGGACUUCGACAUAUACGUCGCCUUGGCAUCCAUCUUCACAUAUUCGAGGUUCAUGCGGUGGACAAUCGCGCCUUCCGUGGAGACAUACUCUCUGCUGCCAGAUCCAAUGAGACCAACAGCACUCCAAAGACUCGUCCAACAUCAUCCAGGAAUCGAUUUGCCAAUAUUUCCUGAGAUGCGUGAUGGGCUGAUCCACGACAUGCGUGACUAUCUCGUUGCUAUGCAAACCCUGGGAUGCAGCGUCAACUGGGACUAUGGUUUGGAGGCCGCAAUCGAUAUCGAUGAAGAGACUGGCUCGAUGACGGUUUCGGCGAUGUUCCAGGAUCACAUAUGUAAUCUAGCAAACUGGUCCGUUAGCCAGAGAUUCGCCGACGUCUUUCCAGAAUUGCGAGGAUGUUAUCUCGUUCUCGAGCAGGAUACAAUACCCAUGUCUAUCGUUGAUGUCGAAGAAUUUCUGGGGAGACAUGGCAGGGGUGACCCAAUGUCAGUGUCUUCUUCCGAUUAACAAAACAAGGAAGAAGCCUCUGCAGAUUUUUGGAGUAGAAGGCUCAUGCUUAUGUAUGUACAGUAUGGAGUACGUUGACCACAUGCGAUCACUGGAGCACUGAUAGGCGAGGGCGAUCCUCCAUUGUCAAAGAUCAGGAGUUGAUUUUCCGCCUCUAUAAGAUUGGCACAUUGGAGUUACAUCUCCCCCGGAUAUUUAAUCCUUUUGUUGCAUGAA